CCUCGAGGGCGGAGAGAGGUGGCAUUUGAGUCCUCCGGUAUCCCAGCAGGCAGUGCAGCUUAGAGACGCUGACAAAGGACCGGAGGAGCAGUCGCAGCUGCUUUCCGAGGAGCCGGUGUUGCCGAGAUUGCCAAAAUGCUUUGGAGUUUUUAACUAACUGACUUAAGAAAAGUCCAAAAUAGAUUUGAGACUGUAAAAACAGAAGCUGCAGCAAGGGGGAUUCAGUGCCAAUGCAUCAACAAAAAAGACAGCCAGAGUUAGUGGAAGGAAAUCUUCCUGUUUUUGUGUUUCCCACGGAGCUAAUAUUUUAUGCAGAUGACCAGUCAACACAUAAGCAAGUGUUGACUCUGUAUAAUCCCUAUGAGUUUGCCUUAAAGUUCAAAGUUUUGUGUACUACUCCAAAUAAGUAUGUUGUCGUCGAUGCUGCAGGUGCAGUAAAGCCUCAGUGUUGUGUGGAUAUUGUGAUUCGUCAUAGAGACGUUCGAUCCUGUCACUAUGGUGUAACGGACAAAUUCCGUCUCCAAGUUUCCGAGCAAAGCCAGAGGAAGGCUUUAGGAAGGAAAGAGGUUGUGGCUACUCUUCUCCCGUCUGCAAAAGAACAACAAAAGGAAGAAGAGGAAAAAAGGAUAAAGGAACAUUUAACUGAAAGUUUAUUUUUUGAGCAGUCCUUUCAACCAGAAAACAGAACUGUCUCUUCAGGACCUAGUUUACUGACUGUCUUCCUGGGAGUGGUGUGCAUUGCGGCUUUGAUGCUUCCUACGCUGGGGGAUGUGGAAUCGCUGGUGCCUCUCUACCUCCACUUAAGUGUGAAUCAAAAAUUAGUGGCUGCUUAUAUCUUAGGUCUUAUCACAAUGGCCAUACUUAGAACAUGAGCAAGGAAUUCAGUUGACUUCUGAAGUAAAUUUAUCUUGCAAAUAUGAAUGUGGACUGCCUUUUAUCUCUUUCACUCCAUUAACAUGCUACAAACUAUUGAGUGAUUUACAAUAAUUGCAAAUGUAUAAUUGCAAACGUAUAAUAUAUAUUUUAAAUUACUCUAUAAUUUUAUUUGAAGGACUCUAGCACAUUAUGAUACAGACAGCAAGGAUGCCUCUGAAUUACGCCUAGGAAAUUAUUUGAAAAAAUUCUUUUUAUAUCUAAACCGAUUAUGCAAAAGACUUUAACCAUCUGUUAUUUUCUCAUCUUUUUUUCUAAUUUACUUUGAUUAAGGUCGUAUGUCCUUCACAGUUAAAGGCCUGAAAGAGCAAACUGACCAGCUUAAAUGUAAAAUGACAUUUCCUAACUACAAACAUCAAUGUUCCUAUGUAAAUUAUACCUUGUCCUCUCAUUAUAAACAGUUGCCAUGGUGUUUCUAAAAUAAGUUUCACGGUUAAUGUGUGGAGGGCACCAAGAGAAAAAGCAUAAAGUGCUGAGAGAUCAUGCUUAUCCUAUCCUAGGAUCUCACAGGAGACCAGACAUAUUUCAUUCAUCUGGUGAACUACAGCACAGGUUGUGGUCCAAACACAAAGCAUGUGGGGGUUUUUGCAACCCUCAGAAUUAGGGUGACUUCUCUAUUUGGCCUAAGAAUUCUAAAGGAAGGUAGGCAUUUGUUUAGUUAAUUGGUUCACCCUGCCUUUACCUCUGGAUAAUGCUUUCUGUUAACAGGAGGAAAAAAUCACCUUAUCAUUUCUUCCUAGCCCUUUGCCUGACUGUAAGCAACUAGCCCAGUCUGGGGUUACCAGAUGCCGGGUGGUUUAUAUGGAGAUGUUUUUCACCUUUAAACUCCAAGCCAAGUAUACAAAAUCCUUGAUACGUGUCUAUUUUAUAACAGUCACGGAGAUAUUUUUUAAGUUUGUAUUUAUUAAAACAACUUUACCAAAAAAAAAAAGCCCCUAAAGCACAACUAUUUACAUUUCUUUGUAGCGUCUCUGAUCUUUAACCAUAUAUAUGCAGUUUGAACUGUUCUUAUCAUAAUAACUGAUCUUUUGACUUAGGGUUUUUUUUUUUUUUUUAAGUUUAUUUAUUUAUUGCGAGAGAGAGUGUGCACGCGAGCAGGGGAGGGGCAGAGAGGGAGAAAGAGAAUCCGGAGCAGGCUCCGUGCUGUCAGCGCAGAGCCCAACGCGGGGCUCGAACCCACGAACUGUGAGAUCAUGACCUGAGCCGAAAUCAAGAGUCGGACACUUAACCAGCUGAGCCACCCAGGCGCCCCUUGACUUAGGAUUUUUAUCUGAGAGCACAAUGCCUUGAGUCUCUUGAAAAUCAUCUUUCAGAUCUUUUUACAGAACAAACUUCUGCACCUGCUACUGUAGUAUUCUCAAGGAAUGUACAUAAACACAAAAUGUAUGCCUGAGGUUGGUUUUUGCAGGAAAUAGUACUUUGCUUCUAAAGUAAAAGCUACGUAUACUCUUUCAGAGAAAAUCUUCACUGUUUAACCAUUUGGGGAAGAUAAAUCAUUAAAUGGAUCAUGUCUGGACAUUGUGUAAUGACUGAAAAGCACAUAAAUGUAAUCUAUUUUGAACUUUGUAAAAAAAA